UCAAGUCUACCAAGUUAUUUGCGUAUUUUUCUCUCUCAGAGCAAUCUCUCUCUCUCUCUCUCUCUCUCUCUCACACACACACACACACACAAAAACACACACACAAGUUUGGUGUGAAAGAUGGGGAGGCAGCCAUGCUGUGACAAAGUUGGGUUGAAGAAGGGACCAUGGACAUCUGAAGAGGACAAGAAGCUUGUCAAUUUUAUCCUCACCAAUGGCCAAUGCUGUUGGAGAGCUGUUCCUAAACUUGCAGGGCUACUAAGGUGUGGUAAGAGUUGCAGACUGAGAUGGACAAACUAUCUUAGACCAGACUUGAAGAGGGGUUUGUUAUCAGAGUAUGAAGAGAAGAUGGUUAUUGAUCUUCAUGCUCAACUUGGCAACAGAUGGUCCAAGAUUGCUUCUCAUCUCCCUGGAAGAACUGAUAAUGAGAUCAAGAACCACUGGAACACCCACAUCAAGAAAAAGCUAAGGAAGAUGGGGAUUGAUCCGCUCACUCACAAGCCACUGCCUAUUGAUCCAACUAAUCAUCAGUCCCAAGAACAACCACAACCUCAACAAGUACUAGAACAUCAUCAAGAACAAGAACAAGAACAAGAACAAAUUUCUCUAGCUUGUGAAAUGACUGAAUUGGGUCUGAGCAAUACUGAGACAAAAGAGGAAGAGAAAAGCAUGGAAGCUUCAAUGUUAGACUUAUCAAUGGAGGAAGUGAUGAUCAAUAAUGGGUUUUGCACAGAUGAAGUCCCAUUGAUUGAAGCCCAUGAGAUUCUGGUCCCUUGUGCCCCUUCAUCAUCAUCAUCAACAUCAUCAUCUUCUUCUUCCUCUUAUUCUUAUGGUGGUUCAUCCAACAUUUUUGAGGAAUUGGGCUUCCCAAAUUUUGACUUCAGCAUUUUGGACUUGGAUAACACCAAUGUGAAUAACAUGGGAUGUUUCUGGGAUGAUGAUGACUUCACCAAUUUGGAUUUGUUGAUUAAUUGUGAUAGUGAUUGGAAUAUAACUGUUGAACCUCCCCUCAUCCAGUACCCGAGAUAGGUUUUUCUAUGAGAUUCGUGUUAAAUGCAGUUGCGACUGUGCAAACAAAGUCGUUGAAUCUUGUGGUAGCCACAAAUUUAAUGUCCGAUGUGUGUGCUCAGUUGUGAGGAAGAGGAGGUCGUGAUUGCACUUAGCAUUCUUCUUUUUACGAAGGAUCUUGAAUAUUUAGGUUCAUAUGUUUUUGAGAUUUCUUGUCAUGAGCUUGUUUGUAAUUUGGUUGUUAAUUAAUUAUUACUGUGAAUAAAAGUCAAUAAUUUGGUUAAA